UUAUGACGUGUGUGUCGGGAACGCUCGGCCAGAGCACUAGCCACGGGGACGGGCGCGACGACGCGCCAAUAUGCAAAAACGUGUCCGCCAAGUUUUUGGGUGGUCGUACCCUAACACCCACCCAACCCCCCGAAUAACCCUGCCACGUGUGCUUAACCCGGCUUGGGGGGGCGCUGUCCCCACCCCCCAAACCACCCCAGCCUUCACGUUCGCCCCGACGUGCGUAGCCGCGAUCAUUCGAAGGCGACGAGCGUCCGGUACUACCUUGCUGAAGGGACGCGCGCGAGCACGCCACUCUCCGGCGGGCGACGGGCGAUCGCCCCUUGACUUUCUUGAACGCUGCCUUCGGCGCGGGUUCGGCGCGCCGCGCUUCGUACGAGUCGCGUCCGGUCAACUCGUCGAUAGCAAAAACGCGCAACCGCGCGCACGCGUCGCGGCCGCGCAGCGGAGCGCUCUCGACGACACGCCGCGCCAUCGGUUUGAGUCGCGCAACGCAGUCGUCGUCGACGCCAGCCGUUCUCGCAGCGGCCGCCGGCCGCGCUGCCCGGCACGCGAGCGAUUUGGACCAACGACACGUCCUGGAGGCGGCAACGACUCCCUACGCCUGUCAAUGGUGUUGGGCAGCCUUCUUUUGCUCAGAACCUGAGGACCGCGUCUUACUGUCUUCGUGUCUCACUGUCUUAGUGGCAACGACCC